AUGAACCCAACAACUUUCAAAUAAUCCCAGCAAUUAGAAAAUAACAGUAAUAUUAUGGGGAGCAGUAAUGGGUUUAACAGAAAGAUCAAGUUGUCCUCUUAAAGACCUGGAAGUAGAGACUAAAAAUUAAAAACGGGAGAAAUGUAUUUCAAAAUAUAUUUACCUAAAUAGAUUUCCAUAAUUUUAAGAUCCUUUAGCUACAAAUCCAUUUAAUUUGUUAAGUCUUAACCUCUAUUAGGAUGAAAAUACAUUUAUUACAACUAUGAAAGCUGAACUUCUAUAAAUACAAGAAGAAAUCAAUAAAUUAGAUAUUGAUGGACGUGUACUAAUAAACAAUUCAUCUUUAGAUUCGAAACAACGACCCAAGACAAGAGUAUAGAUUGCAACAACUUAAAAAAUGGGUUGCUCAAAAUUCUACGUCUAAAUUCGCACUAGACAAAUUAAAUAAUAUUGAAAUCUCAUAACUCCUCACUGUGUUAGAUGUUAGAUCUUUAGAGUAAUAAAUAUAAUGCUAUUGAAGGGAGGCUGUUGUCAAACUCUAUAAAUUCAUAUCGAUUAUGGAUAGUAUAAUAAUGAAAAUUACAGAGUAUGAGGCCGUUCAUUUGAUCAAAUUUGAUGAAUUAUUUGGUUCAUUGUGUCCUAAUUAUUAAGAAAAUCUGCAAUAAAUAUCUGUCUUAAAAUUUCCAGUUUCUAUUGCUAAUUUAAAUCGCAUGACUGAACUAUAUCAAGUUAAAUUAGACCGUAAUCAACCAUAAAGGAUAACUAAUGAUUAAAUGCUUCUGAAAUAAAAUAAGCAAAAAGAUGAUUAAAUUCUUGAAUUAAAUAAAACUAUCAAAUAAUUAUAAUUGUAACUGUAAGCAAGUUUGAAGGGGAAUAACAAUAGUAAAAUUAGUUAAGAUUCUACAUAAUAAAUUGAUUAAAUUAAAAAUUAGUAUGAAAUUAAAUUACAGAAAUAAAGUGAAGAUUUAACGUUAAAAAAUGAUAAAGAAAUACAAAAUUUAUAAUCUUAAAUUGAAUAAUUUUAGAAAUAAUUAAUUUAGUUAAAGAAUCAUUAUGAGAAGUAGAUAUCUGAAUUGGUAUCAUAAAAUUUAUAAGAAUAAAUGAACAUCAAAUCUUAGUAUGAAGAUAAAUUGUAAUAAUAAUAAUAAUCAUCGUAAAUUUAGACAUAAAAAUAAAUUACUACAUCAUCCUAAUCAAAUAAUGUUGUAAAAGAUCAUAAUUAUUAUCAAAAAAUCUUAGAUAAAGCGUAAUAAGAAUAUAAUGAAGGGUUAUAAACUUUAAAAAAUGUAAUCUUAUUUAUACAAUAUAGGAUCUAAUCAAAUUAAGUAAUUAAUUGUUAGAAAAAUAAACAAUAAUCGAAGGUUUAUAGAGAGAAAUCUAAUAAUGGAAAGAAGCAAAUGAUAGAUUAAAUAAAGUGAAAGUAUUAGAAUAUAUUUAAUUAGGAUGAAAUCUAUCUAUAAUUUUAAAAGCGAUACACAACUGAAGAAUAAUUUUCGAAUUCUUAUGAAGCCGCCUUAAAAUUAGAAUUUGAUACCAUGAAAAAGGCUUUUGAAUAAAAGAUACAAAAAUAUCAAUAAGAUUUAGAAUCUUAGAGGAGAGAAUCAGGAAAACAGUUAAAUGAAAUACGAAUUUAAUUGGAAAGAGAGUAAGAAACUAAAAAAUUAUUAAUGAACAAACUUAACUUAUAUAGUUGA